AUGGAGCAGGAUGAGACAUGCUCAUGUUUCUUCUUCCAGAAAGUGCACGAGAAGAGCUCUGUGCUCAGCAGCCUGAAGGAAGAAAAUAACUCAUCAUGGUGGACAAUUGGAAAACUGAACAGCCCAUAUUGUGGGGCCCGCCUAGGAGAUUUUAACUUUAUCAGCAAUGCAAAAUGCCCUUGUGGGCAAGCAGUGACUGUACAUAUUUGUAAGAGUCGUACUGAUUAUGAAGCACCACGUUUAAUCAGAAUCAUUGAGUCGGCAAAGGUGAAAUCUCUUCUGAAACUGCAACGCAUUUGCAAGUUAGAAACUGUAGGAAACGUGGAGCAUGGGACAGAAAACAUUGUGUCCAACAACAUGCUUAAAGAUUUUUUACACUAUUCGAGAAAAAUGGAUCGUGAAAGAAUAACUGAAGCACUAUGCCUGGAGGCAAGAUCACGCACUCGAGGAAUGGUAGAAGUUGACAGCAAUGAAUUUCACUUCAAAGAAGCUUAUCCACAGCCAAGCUCUUCUGCUUCACAGCCUCCCAGAGCCAGAUGUACAUUGAUCGGUUUUCAUAAAAAGUCUGUCAGUGUGGAUUUUAGCAGCACAAACUCAAAGAAUGAAUCUGUUAGUUUUACUAGCAUGCAUGGCUUGUGCUCACGAUCAUCUUCCUGUGGAGUUAUAAUGCAUCACCUAGGUGAGAUUGCUAAUCCUAGACAGUUUCCAUUGGCAGAUGAUGUUAAUCUGCAGCAGCCUGCAUCUGAACAGUCCAUUAGUUCCGCAUUUCAGAGUCAGUGCAGUCGAGAAUCUGAUUUUAUGGCAUGUUCUCAAUCGUUCAGUAAUGGUCCUGUAGAAGCACAAAGUUUAGAUCCUGGACCGUCUACACCAAGACAUUGCAGGAGCAAAUUUACCAAUGUUUCUUCAACUCUUAGAAGUUGGUCAUCUGACUCGAGUACUGAAGCAAGUUGCAUAGAAGAGUGGGAGGAAGGGCAUGAUGGAAGCACGAGCAAUCCUUGCAAUGAAUCACCUCCACACGUUCCUGUAAUAUCUACUCUAAGUGGGAAAGCACUGAAUAAAAGACAAAGAAAUAAACUUAAAAGUUUGAAAAGGAAACAACGGAGACGAGAACGGUGGCAGAGCAAGUUGAAGGAGCAGAAACAGACUUCCAGUUCAAAUCUGACCACUUCAGGUGAUGAAGAUGAAAUCAAGUGGGAGAAGGAAGGCUACGUUUGUGCUGUUUGUCUGGAUAUUUUCUUCAGUCCAUAUAUGUGUUAUCCAUGUCAUCACAUCUUUUGUGAGCCCUGUCUUCGGACCCUUGCGAAGGACAACCCCACAAAUACGCCAUGCCCUUUGUGUCGCACUGUCAUCUCAAGAGUCUUUUUUCAAACAGAGUUGAAUAACACCAUGAAAAGUUUAUUCUCUGAGGAGUAUUUAGCCAGAAGGCAAAACUUCCAAAAAGCAAGCUGUGCAAAGUGGCCGUUACCUAACUGCAGGAGAUUGUUCAGAGUCUUGGGAGGUUUUGGAAGACAUUCAGAUCCUGUCACAAGAAGACAGUUCCCUCAUGGUGCCUACAGACUGGAUUUUGAGGAUGACAAUCGUGGCUGGAGAUUUGAUAUGGACAUGGUUAUCAUUUAUAUCUAUUCUGUCAAUUGGGUCAUUGGAUUCAUAAUUUUUUGCUUCCUCUGCUACUUUUUCUUUCCAUCUUUUUAAAUUGGUGCGUUAGCACCUUGGCAAAGUGAGGAUUGAGAAAAAAAUGGAUUCAUGUAAUGUUGAUCAGUAGCAAGUUUUCAUUGAACAAGUUUUCUUAUGUAUGGCACAUUUUCAGUUGAAGACCCCUGGGGACAUAAUAAGGGAAGAUAUAUUUGAAGACAUAAAUUUGCAAUGUUCUUUCUAGUUGCAAUUACCUUCUGCGUUAUUAACCAUGACUGUUGAAAUCCAAGCUGCCAUUAGUGGAGUCUGCAGAGUGCAGUUAAUACAAUUUACCCUAGAUACAAUUUCCAUAAAAAAUUAAAUACUAUUUGGACUUAGUUCAAAAAUUUGAAUGUAACCAACUCAAAGCACAAUUAAUUUAUUCCAUGAAAAUAACUUUUGGCAUUUAUUCCCUCUGCCAAGAAACUAUUGUCUAAAGAUUAAUACUGCCAGUAACUGGAGAUAGUGAAGAAUACAGCCUGUUAAAAACCAGAAUUGUAUUGCAAGUUUUAGACAAGUCGCUUUUAUUUGUUUAAGCUUAUUCUUCAAAUUUAAAUGUGAACAGAAUGUUAACAAUGUAUUAGAUACCCAAAAGUAAAAAUAUUGGUGC